ACAAUCCAGCAUGAAUAUCAGUGGCGAGAACAUAAUUGUAAUGAAUCCCCACUCCAAUAUUGUUACAAUAAAAUAUUUUUUUUCUGCCGUAUUUGUUUCCAAAUGAUGGCCUGUGCAUUGCUAACACGAUUUUGGGCUUAAGAUGUCCACAUCUCACGAAAGAAAAACAAGCCAUGCCACUAAUGGUACGCAAGUGAACCCAUAGAGGGUAUUUCAGUGACGUUCCAUUCCUUUAUGGUCUUUGUGUGUGUCCACAAUCGUCGUCAUUGUGAUUUUUUUUUUUUUUUUUAGUUAUUUCUUAAUUAGGUUGGAUGUCUUUUUGGUCGCGACGAUUUCUACUACUGCCACUAAAGGCACCACCGGGAUAAGGGGCACUCGCAUGUCGAGGAGACGGCUGUGUAUCUGUUCAGUGGAUUUGGAAAAGAAUCGAAAAGACUUCUGAAAGGACAAAACGUGCCGCUUGUCGUGACUCGGAACCGCAACAGUUAUGACAUUGCGUAAAGACUUAAAGGAGACUAGCAGGUAGCUGUAUGGCGUAAGACAAAGGGAGUUAUGUAAGGUUAAGCGGCCGCUUUUGCGUACGUGUAUCACGCACGCACGCACGCACGCACUCACGCACUCGUCAUAAAGUUCCCAAAUGCAGCCAAUGAACGAGCAACAAAUGUGCAAACUUUCGAAACGCCAUUGAAGAUGACGGCGAUGAGAGCUUUAUAGGAAGCUCGCUCGCUCGCUGAGUUUAUUUCGGCUCGUUCUGUUCAGUGGAUUCGCCUGCUCGCACCUCUUCACGCGGCUCCAGCAACAGCACCAUCAGGUCCGUACGCUCCCUCCCUUCCUAGUCAUCCUCGAAAGAAGAUGAACUUCUCCAAGCUGCUGUGCUUGGUGCUCGUGUACAGCGAGCAAUUUGGGCAAGUGCUGGCGGCCGGGACACCAGAAUGCGAGGGCGACUCUACUAAUGGCAAAACUGUGCAGUGCAGGGGCAAGACGGGCGAAGCGGUCAAAUUGAAAGUCUCAGGCGCAGUUUCUGAGCCUGUCGUGUGGCAUAAGGGACCAACGACUCUGGAUAUUGACGGCAUCAAGUUGGUGAAGAGUGGUGCGAAAGACGCGGAACUGACGAUCAAUACCCUGGCACAAGCUGAUGAGGCAGAGUACAAAGCCGAAAAGAGCUCACCAGAGCAAAAGUUCAACGUCCAAGUGGUGGACUGCUUGGGUGGCAUAACCACACCCGGCCUGUGCAAGGGCAGGAAGGGUGGCAGCAUCAAAUUGGGGCUCUCAGGCGGAACUGGCACCACAUUCUCCUGGAAGAAGGGUAAGACGACCAUUGGAGCCGGUCAAAAGUACGAAGGUCAAGUCAACAAGGCUAUCCUGGAGAUCAAGAACCUGGACGACGAAGACGAGAAAGAAUUCAUGGGCGGCCCCAGCGGCUCAGAAGAUGAAAAGUUUUCCGUCCAAGUGGCGCCAGUCUGCCAGGGCGACGAUACGCCUUGCGUGGGCAAGGUGGGCAGAGACCUCGUAUUGAAAGUCAAAGGCAAAGCUGACAAAGACGUCACCUGGACGAAGAACGGCAAGCCUGUUGAUAAGAAAUGCGUCAAAAGCGGAGAAAAAGACAGUGAGCUGACGAUCCUGAACCUGGUAGCAGCCGACGUGGGAACCUACAAGGCCACCUACGGCGACAACACUGAGUCCUUCGCUGUCAGCAUUCCGGCUGGCGGCGGCACCAAAAACAACAAGGAGGACAACAACAGCGGCGGCGGCAGCAGCAGCAAUAACACCAGCACUGACCAAGUCAAUUUUGGCGACAGCAAGCCCAAGCCCGAGGACGGCAGCGGCGUCGGCGGCCUGUCCUACUCACCUGCUCUGCUGGUGACGGUCACCCUGGUGCAUCUGCUGCUUCAGCUGGCCGCCUAGAAGACAGCAGCAAGCUGAAGGUGGAGGCAGAAAAAGCCAGCCGGCCGGCCGGCCAGCCAGCCCACCAGCCAUUGAUUGGUCUCUGCAUGCAUUCUACUACCAUUGAUUUGCCACCAUAGGCGCAUUUAGUCGUUGAUUAAGCUUACAUUUGCCACUGUAGGCGCAUUUAGUUAAGUAAGUUUUGGCGCAUUUAGUCAUUGAUUAAGCUCAUGGAGUUAGAUUUGCUUUUCCUUUGAUUGUUUGAACUCAAUGCUGCUCGAUUGUUCUCUUUUUUUCCCCUAUAUUCAAUAAAGUCAUCAAUCUUU